UUGGUUACAUACAUUUUUCGCGUAUUAUCCGAAUAACUUACCGUAUGACUUUUAGUGUAUUGCUUUUACCAAACCAUAUUUCGCCUAUAUCUCCAUAUUCCCUAAAAUUAUCAAGUUCUUCCGAGUAAAUCCUUUCCCAACUAAAACAUAAUCGUGUCAUAAAGUAAUGCUUAUCGAGUGUUUCAUAUUUACGAAUACGGUUACUCCCGUGGGGGUUAUCGCGGCGACAGCAGAGAGCGUCUGCCGCGCUCUAGGUAUCGAACGUGAGUGGCGCGGUGCUGGGUGCCGCGACGCUUAUAUAAAUGCGCGAAGUCGGCAAGAGCGCUCAGUAUGUGUCAUGCUUUGCGAGCGCGAGCGUCGUCCGUGAUGGCGGCUCGAGUGCGGUUGAAGAUGCAAUGCGGCACCGUCGUAUUGCUACUCGUUGUCAUCAUCGUGGUGUGUGGUGUGGAUUUUGUGUGUGGAAUGUUCGAGCAUCGUCACUGCAAUCAUCAGCAUCCUCGGGCACACGAGGUUAUUCACGGUGUUCACAUAGAACCAGCACAUGAAGUAAGAAAACGUAGUAUCAGUCAACCGGUUAGAAUCCUGUUGUCGUACGACGAAAGCGUUUACAGGUAACAAUUACGUAAUGUUUAAACCGUGCAUUUUGAUUUAUUUCAGAAUACCAUUUUACCCGAAGCAGUGCACUUUUGGGAGCGGGCACUCAUGGUCCGCGAAACAAAAAGCACUAUUAGAUUAAGCAGGAAAUGCGAAAGUAGCCAAGUGUUCGUUAAAGAUCAUCAUACUCACUGUAUAGAUACCUGUCGGCCCAUUACGAUGUGCGGCGAAGUUGUCGUACCCGAAGAUCAUCUCGAUGUUUGUAGAACGUGUAACGCAACAGGGCAUAAUUGCGGUAUAGCCGAAGGAAGCAAGGCAGGCCCUGGUAUAGAUGGAGCCGAUUUUGUUUUCUACGUGUCCGCGAUGCAAACCGAAAGAUGCCACAAAGGAUUAACCGUGGCUUAUGCGGCCCAUUGCCAACAAGAAGCGGCAUUGGACAGACCGAUUGCUGGUCAUGCCAAUCUAUGCCCGAAAAGCAUAAGCACGAAACCACAAGAACUCGAAACUUUGCUAAGUACCGUGAAACACGAAAUAUUACACGCCUUGGGAUUUUCCGUCAGUUUAUACGCCUUCUAUCGAGACGAAAAUGGAGAACCUAGAACUCCGAGAAGAAGCGACACGGGGAAACCAUUCUUAAACGAAAAGUUACAAACGCAUCAAUGGAGUGAAAACACGAUUCGAACCGUGGUCAGGCCAUAUUGGCAAGUGCAUGGAGGCUACGUAGAAAGAUCGAUACAAAUGAUAGUGACACCGAGAGUUCGUGCCGAAGUUCAAGCUCACUUCAAUUGUCCGGAACUGGAAGGAGCGGAGCUAGAGGAUCAGGGGGAAGAUGGUACGGCAUUGACGCAUUGGGAAAAACGUGUGUUCGAGAACGAAGCAAUGACGGGGACGCAUACUCAAAAUCCAGUUUAUUCAAGGAUAACGCUCGCUCUUAUGGAAGAUACCGGAUGGUAUAGCGCGAAUUACUCGAUGGCACAAGAAUUAGGAUGGGGUAGGAAUCUCGGCUGCAAUUUUUCGAUGAAGUCGUGUAAGGAGUGGAUAUCUUCAAAAUCGUUUCGGUGGUCGGGAAAGUCUAUUCAUCCCUUUUGUAACAAAGUGAAACAAGAUCCAUUACAGACCGAGUGUACCGAUGACCGAAGUUCAGUGGCAUUGUGUAACUUGAUCAAAUACUCGCAACCUUUACCUAAGAAGUAUCAGGUAUAAAAUUAUUAUACGUACAUACAUUCGU